AUGAUGUUCAAAAGAGGCAACCAUGAUAUCGGGUAGAAAGAUUGAAUUCUACAAAUGCAAACAAAUGUUUUUAUAAAUGUUUUGUGCAUACAUUUCAGGACACUAAGUUAUAGUUGUAUUUAUUUAGUGCACAUUAAAACAUGUUUUCCACCCCGUCUGUGUCUCUGUAGCAAGCCCAUAUCCCAUCCUCCAUCAUCGCUAUUCUGGAAGCUACCAACAGAAUGCAGGAGCCUGAGCCACAGCCCGAACCUGACCACGUGGAGGCAGUGGAGGAGAGAGAGAUGCAUCUCCAGCAAGUUGGGAUGCCUGUAGCACAAGCAGAAACUCCAGCCCCAACUGUAUUUGCUGCUCAUGAGCCAGCACCUCAGUUAGGAUUGACCAGAAGGGAGGAAGAGGAGGAACCUAUGGAGGAAGGAGAGGCUGGUCCAGAAUGUCUGGAGGUAGCUGAUGAAGCCACAACACAAAUUAAAGCACUUGAAGCUGACCCAGGGCCCAACGACGUUCCUCAGGAAAAGGCAGAGGAACCAAUGGAGCAGACUUUUACUGAAUCUGCAGAUGCAAGUGACCAGCCACAAGAGGGGCUGGAGGACCGUAUAGCAGAACAUGAGACAGCAGCAGAUGCUGAAAUAAGCAGAAAGGAGGAGAACUGAAUAAAUGCACUGACGAGACUGGUGGACCAUGAGUAACUCUAAUUCAAACUGUUUCAACCAUUAAUUUUGUGUUAUCAUUCCCAAAAAAGUCUUGUUUGAAAAAUAAAAAAAUCUUCUGUA